AUGGUCGUUUCUUCCCCUUCUCCAUUACGGACCAAAAAGACCCGAGCCAUCGGGAUUCCCAUCAUCGACCUCUCUCUCGACCCCACGACCUUGUCCCAACACAUGAUUGCCGCUUGUCAAGACUACGGUUUCUUCAAGAUCGUCAAUCACAGAGUCCCCAUCGACGUCAUAUCCCGAAUGGAAGAAGCGGCUCACGCGUUUUUCUCGAAACCCGCCAACGAAAAACUAAAAGCCAAAGCCAAUCCGCCAACCCCUUUCGGCUAUGGUUGUCGUAACAUCGGGUUCAAUGGCGAUACAGGAGAACUCGAAUACCUUCUCCUUGAAGCCAAGCGGUCUGACACCAGUUCCUUCACAGACCACCCAACAAAUUUCAGUUGUGCUGUGAAUGAUUACAUCCAUGUCGUUAAGGAGUUGACAUGUGGGUUGUUGGAAAUGUUGGCACUUGGCCUUUCAUUACCUGACACUCAUGUCUUUAGUCGUUUUAUCGAAGAUACUGAUAGCGAUUCUUGCUUCCGAGUCAAUCACUACCCUUCUGUCAAAGGCCAAUCUAAUCAACUGAAGCCCACUCAUCGUAUUGGUUUCGGAGAGCAUUCCGACCCUCAGAUUUUUACCAUCUUGAGAUCUAACGACGUUCCUGGCCUCCAAAUUUCUACUGUUGAUGGACUAUGGAUACCUGUCACUACCCAACCUACCGAGUUCUGUGUGUUCGUUGGCGAUGCAUUAGAGGUUUUGACAAAUGGAAGAUUUAAAAGCGUAAGACAUAGAGUAAUGGCAAACACUUCGACCAAGUCCAGAACGUCAAUGAUGUAUUUUGCUGCACCAGCUUUGAACGAAUGGAUAUCUCCGAUCCCACAAAUGAUCUCCCCAGGGAACCUAAGACUUUAUAAGUCGUUUACUUGGAACGAAUACAAGAAAGCUGCAUAUUCCCUACGUUUAGGAGACCAAAGAAUCGAUCUUUUUAAGUGUCAUUCAACUCUGUGUUGAUAUAAUGUUGCAUAUCUCAUAAAUAUAUAUAUAAAUAGGUAAAAAUAGAGCAAAAUCAAAUUAAAAAAAAAAAACAUGUAUAAUCAAUCAAAUCAUCAUCUAUCAAAAUGAUUUUUUGCCGAUGAAUUUGUCGUAUGUAGAAAAGGUUCUGUAAGCUUUGUGUACGAUUCAGUGUUUUGUAGCAUAUAUUCGACCAGUUAUUCGUCGUCUCACCUUUUUUGCAAUUAACAUGUAAGUUUUUUGUUUAGAAAAUAAUAAAUUUUCUAAUA